AUGAGUAAGAGAAGAAAUCCGAAUUUUACAUCGCAGGAGAUUCAAAUUUUGAUAGACGAAGUGGAGAAGAAUAAGUCCUUACUUUUCAGCCGAUACAGCAAUGUAGUAACAAACAGUGCUAAAAAGAAAACAUGGGAGGCUACAUGUUCCAAGAUCAAUGCAGUUAAUGAUACGGAUCAUCUCCGAACUGUUGAAGAAAUUCGAAAAAAGUGGACUUGCUACGUUAGCAGUACGAAGAAAAAACUAGCUGAAAAUAAGAGAGAAACACGACGGACUGGCGGUGGACCCUUUCCAAAUUCAGUCUCAGCAGUAGAGGAGAAAAUAGCUGGGAUAAUAGGGAACACUCCAAUUACUGGAAUCGAAGGCGGUAUAGAUACAUGCGAAACAACUGAAGAACAAGAUUCUAUUACUUCACUUCCUUCGUCUUCAAAGUGUAGAAAGUGUUCAUCUUCAAGUACCAGCAUUGAGCAAGCUCUUCCACUAAAUUCGUCUGACGAUAAUGAUGAUGAUUUAGACAUGAUUGUGACCAAGGAUAUGUCAUCUUCAAGUAAAGUUGGCAGAUUGAACAAACCAACAAAGAAAUCUCCCAUGGAAAAUGAAUCAUUGCGUUUGAUUGAAAUUGAAAAUGAAAGGUUAGAAGUGGAAAAAGAAAGGUUAGAGAUAGACAAAAGUAGAUUGGAGGUUGAAAAAGACAUGUACAAAUUGAAGAUGCAGAAGGUAGCAAUCGAAAAGGAAAAACUUGAAUUGGAAAAGGGCAGGUAUCAAUUGGAAUUGUCAAGACAGCAAUUACAAAUAGCCGAGCUAUGCACUACUCAACCGUCCCUCUUUCAGGCACCUAAUCCAUGUAUGACUACCAAUCAACUAGAAGGCAGCUGUGACCCAUAA